GUGCUUAACCCCUUCGACGACGACGACCAGCGGCCGCCGAUCGCCGACCAUCCCUUUUCUUUGCAGCUCCGCUUCUGCGUUCCGCCUUAUUCCAGUCUUCCUAUAGACUUCUCUAUCAUUACAGGCACGCAACUUCUCCAUUCAUAAACAUUGUACAGGUUAUAUAGAUUUCUUGAAGGGUUUAGUUUGGCCGCAAGAGAGAGAGAGAUGAUAAGGGGAGGAAAGAGUUUUGUGUCUUCACCACCUGCAUUCUCAAAUGAUGCAAAGAAACUUCUGGUUUGCACUGGAGACACCGUUUCCAUUUUCAGCACUGCCACUGGUUUACAGAUAUCAGAAUUGGAAGGUCACACAGCACUAGUGACAUCUGUAAUAGUUGUACCAGCACCCACGCCUGCAAGCAGGAUUUUAUGUUAUUGCUGGACCACUUCGCUUGAUGGUACUAUCAAGUACUGGGAUUUUUCUGUACCCGAGUUGAUGAAGACUAUUAAUAUUCAGCUUCCAAUCUAUUCGAUGGUGAUUCCGUCAUUACUAUCUCAGAGGUCGGAGAAUGAUGUAAAGUCACCUGAUAUCUAUGCUUAUGUCUCUGUGGAAGAUACCAAAAACGAACAGAAUAAGCAAAGAAAAGAAUUAAGUGGGCAGAUUCUAAAGUGUAAUUUGUCCAAGUCUCGCCUUGUUCGUGGAGUGAUAUUGACAGAGAGUAAAAAACCAGAGAACAUAACCAUCUCUUCAACUGGCAAGUACUUUGGCAUUCAUGAAAAGUGCCAACUUCGUAUAUGGGAAGUACCUGCAAAAGAUCUCAAGAACAUUACUCAUCGGAAAUUAAAACUAUCACACACCAAGAACUUGUCCUGUCUUGCUUUUCAUCCAACUGAGAGGAUUGUAGCAGCCGGUGAUGUGACAGGGAGAAUUUUAAUUUGGAGAGGUUUUGGUGGUAAGACAUUUGCUGGUGAUAACUCAGCAAAUGGAAGACUAUUGAUGGAUGAGGAUGACAAACCUGGUGUUAGGGGUGAUGGGGAUGCUGAUUCUUGCACUACGUGGCAUUGGCAUUCUGCAGAAGUGAAGGUCUUGUUCUUCUCUUCGGAUGGAGCGUAUCUGUAUUCAGGUGGAAAAGAAGGAGUUCUUGUAGUAUGGCAGCUAGAUACAGGAAAGAAGAAAUUCUUACCCAGAAUAGGGACUCGACUUCUCCAUUUUUUGAAUUCUCCAGAUCCUUCUCUUUCAUCUAUUUCUUGUGCAGAUAAUCGAAUUCAUAUUCUGAAAACGCCAUCAAUGGAGAUUUUGAAGUCGAUUUCUGGGAUCAAGCUUCCUUCUCCAGUCCCAGAGACGUUUAGAGACUUGUGUAAUGAUUUUGUAUUUGACCAUACUGCGGGAUUGGUUGCUGUUCGCACAGAGAACUACUGUAUCCAAUUCUACAGCUUGUUUGAUGAUCGUGAGAUAUCAGAGGUUCAAGUCUGUGAAAGAAAUCAUCAACCAAGUGAUGAUGUCACGAUAAUUUUGAAUCUAGUUGCACUUUCAUUUGAGGGCUCUGUGAUGUGUACGGUUGAAACCAGAAUGGCUGAAGAAGGGAUAGGGGGUUUUAUAACACUCAAGUUUUGGGAAUGUGGGUCACAGAACAGUGAUUUUAGCUUAUCCACCGUUAUAUAUGAGCCACACAGGGAAGCCGCCGUCUCUGCAAUUGCUUUCCAUCCUACUCGUGGUAUGGCUGUUAGUGCUUCUUAUGGUGGUGACUUCAAGGUUUGGGUUGGCAAUUGUGAAAGUCAGCAGAAUGAUAAAUUGAUUCAGAGGACUAGAUGGGCAUGUCAUGCUGUUGGUUCAUACAGGAAGAAACCUAUGACAGCUGCUGCAUUUUCUAGCGAUGGUUCCGUAUUGGCUGUUGCGGCAGAAACCGUUAUCACAUUAUGGGAUCCAGAGAAGAAUGUUCUCGUGGCUGUAAUCGGGUCUGCUCUUGAGUCAAUCGUAAAUCUUUCCUUUAUUGGAGAGUCCAAUUUUCUUGUAUCUGCAUCCCAUGGUUCAAGACCACAGCUUGCUGUUUGGAGUAUGUCAAAGCUGUCCAUAUCCUGGUCAUACAAGCUUCAAACAGAAGCUGUAGCAUGUUCACAAAAAGAUUCACUCUUAGCUGUUCUUGCUGUUCUUCCCGAGUCAUAUAAAGGUCAAGAGCACGAUAAAACCACAUUACAUAAUGCAAAUGGGGUUAUCUUACUAUUCAAUGCUGGAGAUCCCAUUCCUAUUGCUUCAUGGUUUGUGACAAAGGCAAAGGGAGGGGGGCUUGCAUUUAUUCAAAGUAGAUCUUCAGGCGAUAACAUGGAUGAAAAUGAUUUGCUUGCAUAUGUAAAUGGGGAUCAUGAAUACGCUGUUUUCAACCCACAUGGCGCAGAGAUGUACGAACGUAAAGUGAGGCACAAAGACAGUAUUUCUGGUGAGGAAGGUACAGGUAAUUUUGGGUAUGCAUCCAUGUAUGGGAAGCUACCUCUUACUGAGUUGAAGUUGAAAGCAAUAGAAGCAUCAUCUGUAAUGCCUUCAGAAAGGGCAUGGGAGAGCAUAUUCAGCGGACCUUCACAUAGUCUACCUCCUCUCACCAAACUUUGUUCUACCUUUCUGGAAUCGUUCAUGGAGAAGCGAAGUGUAACAAUGGUAGAGUAACUGAAGCGGGCAUGGAGGCGGAUCGGUUGCUAUUUGACGAUGAAAGCCGUCUUGUUGCUACCAAGUUCUUGGAAAGGAUGUCUCUGAUUCUGCAUCCAGAAUCCAAAUUUUGCAAUGUGUAAUUUAUUUUAUGGAUAAAAGAAUUGAUUAUGUAUUUGAGUCGUCUACCAUAUUAUUAUAUAAUUAACAACCACUGCAAAGCUGGAAUAUUUACAACACACAUUUGACAUGCAUAGCUUCUAAAUAUGUUUAAGGCCUGUUUGUCAUCAGUAGUUUAAUGAUGGAGUUGCAGCUUACAUUAUUAUUAAUGAUAUAGAAAAUCAAGUUUUUUUC